UUUUCGCACUAUGCUUAUACAUGGCAACACUUUGACAUAGCUGUCAAUUUACCGGAAACUCUUUUCGUUAGUACUUUUCAUUCGUGAAGACGUUGUCUAGGACGUUAUGCCAUUCGCGAGGUACGUUGAACCAGGGCGAGUAGCCCUGGUAGCCGAUGGCCCCUUGAAGGGAAAGCUUGUGAGCGUAGUCGACGUCAUUGACCAGACACGCGCCCUCGUCGACGGACCCGGCAGCGGUGUCCCUCGCCAACAGAUCCGCCUUAACCAGCUGCACUUGACCAAGUUCCGUCUGAGCUUCCCCUUCACAGCGCCCACCCGCGUCGUAAGGAAAGCAUGGACAGACGCUAAGCUGAAUGAGAAGUGGGCCGAGAGCCAAUGGGCACAGAAGCUCGCUAACAAAGAGAAACGCGCCGCUAUGACAGAUUACGACCGUUUCAAGCUAACGUCGGCACGUGUGAAGAGGAACCGCGCGAGAACAGUGGUGUUCAAGAGCCUGAAAGUGAAGGCGGCGCGCGCCGGCGUCUUCGGCAAGAAGGCCGUCCCCAAAACGAAAGUCCCGAAGCCGCGUACCAAGAAGCCCGCCGCCAAAAAACCCGCGAAGAAGUAAUUCUUGUGUCUUAGAGAGGUUAAGUGACAAUCAAGGGACAAAAUAAAGAAUUAUUUUU